AUGGGGGAUGCUAGUAAACAGGAAAAGAGGAAGAAGAAUCCUAAUGAUGUAGUUAUUGUGAUAUUAAAUCAGAAGGAAGGUUAUCAUAUAGCACAUGCUAAUAUGUUAAAAGCAAGCAUUGUUGAACAAGCAGAUGGUCUUGACAAGGAUUCUCCUAAAAUUAUCUUAUCUCAUGAAUUGAAUAUUAAUGGAUCUUGGACAAUAGUACCACUAUUGGAUUUUUUAUUAGAUACAUAUAAAACUUCAAAAUGGUUUUUCUUUUGUCUAGAAAAUACUGUAAUUAGAUUAAAUAAAUUGUUGAGUAUUCUUUCCAAAUUCAAAGUAAAUAAAAAUUUGUGGAUUGGCCAUGCAUUAUAUGAUCAUGAACCCACUAUUAUACAUCAUUUUGCAGAUCAUAAUAAGAAAUUUAAAUAUCCACAUAUAGCUUCAGGUUUUGCAAUAACAUCAACUUUAUUAACAAGCUUAGUAAAAAACAUUAAUGAAGAUGAGAGAUCUAAAGAUAUGUUUUCAAUUGAUGCAUCAUAUGAAUUUGCAUCUUUUGUCUUAAAAGUUGAUAAAGGAGUAAGAUUAACACAUGUGUCUGAAAUAUGUAUUGUAUCUAGUUCUAACUGUGCUACAUAUCCAAGAUUUUUUCAUCCAUGUGGUUCAUCAGUGUCUCCUGAAAAUGUAUAUUUUGCUGUAAAAACUUGUGCAAAGUAUCAUGUUGAGAGGAUUCCUAUAAUUAAAAAGACAUGGGCAAAGUAUGCUACAAAUAUUGGCUACUUUAGUGAUGCAGUUGAUAAUUAUUUGCCUGAUGCUUUUGUUAUGCCAAAUACAACAUAUGGUCAUUGUGCAAAAACGUAUAAUAUUUUAGUGGAAGCAGAUAAAAUUCUAAAAAGAAGAAGUUUAAAUUGGUUAAUAAUAAGUGAUGAUGAUACAAUUUUUAGUGUAGCACGUUUAUUACGCUUAUUAACAUGCUACAAUUCAAACAUUCCACUUGCUAUUGGAGAACGAUAUGGUUUCCAGCUGUGGAACAAUAUUUAUGGAUAUGAAUACUUAACAGGGGGAGCAGGUGUUGUUUUAUCUGCACCUUUAGUUCAUGAAAUGGUAAAAUCGGGUAAAUGUGACUGUCCAUCAUCUUCAACCCCUGAUGAUAUGUACCUAUUUGGUAUAUGUUUAGCACGAAUUGGAGUACAACUAGUACAUUCGCCAAUGUUUCAUCAAGCACGUCCUACAGAUUAUGCAACUGCAUAUCUUGCUUCACAAGAACCUGUAUCAUUUCACAAAUUUUGGAUGCUUGAACCACAAAUGGUUUAUGACGAAUGGUUUGCAGAAGCGGAUAAAUUCUUAAGUAUAAGUGAAAAACACAUAGAAUUAUAA